UCAAUUUCUUCAUGGAGGCUGCAGUUUGUCCUGGCUAUGGACCUAUGCCGAUCAUUUCCCUCCGAGUGCCUCUCCGCACAAUCCCGAAACUUCAUUUCGGGUUUAACCGUUCUUUUUCGGUUUCGACUGGUUUCAUGAUGAACCGCAGGCCUUGUCAUCGGUUCUAUACUCCAGGACCUCUUGCACUCGACAGGUCUAACUCAUCAAUGCCUUCCGAAAACGAAAAAGGCUGUGCCAAAGUUGUUCGAGGGGCAGUUGGGGUGUCUCUUUCUUUAGCUUGCGCUCUAAGCAUCAUCGGCUGCGGCUGUAAGAAGAACUUCAAAGCUAUGGCCGGUCCAAAGCAACAGAUUUAUCAGAAAGCUCCAUCUUUCCAGCAAAUUACUCCUCCGGCGCCAAGGAAAAUGGCACUCAAGUCAUUGCUGGACGUGACAGUGAGCCUUUCUUCAAGAGAGGGAAGAAGGAUGAGGGACGUCAAUCCGGGGUCGCAUUUCUCCGGUCCAAGGCAUUCAGCUCCAUCAAAGGAUCAAAUUGAUCAACUCAAGAAAGAGGCCGUGAGCCUAAUGAAAUGGGGGAUGCCUGAAGAAGCACUGUACAUGUUGAAGAAUGAAUACAAGAAAUAUGAAAUGUCGGAACCUGAGUCCGCUUAUUACAUGAACAUGGUACUAGUGGAAAUUAUGAUCAGUCAGGGAAAAUACGAAGAAGCUUACGAGUUUAUGAGUAGUCAUGAUCAAAAAAUUUCAGAUUUCGAUGUUCGGCCUACUCUUUAUAAGGCUAUUCUAUGCACCAUGUUAGAUAAAGAUGAGGAAGCACAGAAUUUAUGGGAAGAUUUUGCGAGUUCCUUUGGCUUCUAAUUUCCACAACAAAGCUUACAAGUUAUGUAAUCCAAAAACCCCCGGGGGGGGGGGGGAACUCAUCAAGUUAAAGAAUAUAUCAUGUAUUUCAGCAUUGAAGGCGAUGAUUGCUUAUAUGAUA